AAAAGACGAGCCGACUUCCGGUCAGCGUUUCCGGCAGCGCUGCUGUUCUUUGUAAACAGCGGGUGUUUCCGUGAUGAAUCGCAGCAGAUCGUCGAGCAAAACUGCCGGAGAGAGAAAAACCGAGAAAAAGAAACGCAUACGGUCCUCUUCUUCCUCCUCCUCCACCUCCUCCUCCUCCAGCAGGAGCAGGUCGGCCAAGAAAAGCUCUGCGAAGAAGAAGAAGAAGACAGAUGGGAGGGAGCAACGAAAGAGGAGGACCCGCUCCUCAUCUUCAUCAUCCACUGCCUCCUCGUCUUCCUCUUCGUCGUCCUCCUCCUCCUCCACUUCAAGCGACGAGAGGAGGAAGAGGAAAAAGAGCAAAGCCCUGAAGAAGAAGCUGAAGAAGCAGAAGGCCAAGCUGAAGAAGCAGAGGAAAAAGGAGAAGAAGAAGCUGAAGCGGAAGGAGAAGAAGCUGAAGAAGGAGGCCGAGGCGCUGCAGAGGCCAGCGGAGAAGCCUCCGUCCCUCCCGGAGGUGAUGCAGACCGAAGCUGUGGAGGAGGUGGAGCUGGGGCCAGUCAUGACCGACGAGCAGAAGGCCCGGCUCGCCACUAAGAGACCCCUGACCAAGGAGGAGUACGAGGCCCGGCAGAGCGUGAUCCGCAGGGUGGUGGACCCUGAAACGGGAAGAACCAGGCUGGUGAGAGGAGAGGGAGAGAUCAUCGAGGAGAUAGUGACCCGAGACAAACACAAAGAGAUCAACAAGCAAGCUACGACGGGAGACGGGAACGCCUUCCAGAGAAAGCUGGGCAUGAACAGGUAGAAGGUGCUGCAGAGCGUCACUGGAUUCCUGCCAAAGUGCUGAAACCCCUCAGAAGAAAAGGAGCGUCCCGCACCGUUCACUUCCUCUCCGUUUCUGAGGCAUUCUGUUGUUUUCAAGGAAAGAUUUUCUCUGUUUAGAUUUAUGUCUGGAUUGUUUCUGCAUUUCCCGUCACCUGAAAACGAGCUGUAUAAUUUAUACGUACCGUGAAACACAAUAAAUCAGAUUCCACGUAUGUUACUCUA